AUGGCGGUGUCGAUGUUCGCCGCCGUUGCCGCUUUGGCUGUUUUCGCUCCCAUGAUGGCUUCGGCGACGCAAUACGUGGUUGGUGAUGACAAGGGCUGGACCAAGGACUUUGAUUACACCACUUGGACCGCCGGCAAGCAAUUCUUCGUUGGUGACUCCCUAGUGUUCAACUACCCAGCAGGGAAACACAACGUGUUCAAAGUGAACGGCACAGACUUCAUGCAGUGCUCCAAGCCACUUGUCGGCGCUCCACUCACCACCGGGAGCGAUGAGAUUCCGCUCAAAACCACGGGGAAGAAAUGGUACAUAUGCGGCGUCACCGGCCACUGCACCUCCGGCCAGAAGCUGGUCAUCACUGUCCUCGACGGAUCCGCCGCUCCUGCGCCGACCCCGACCUCGCCAACCACCGGCGCCGCCCCGGGGAGCAUCGUCAGUGCUGGGUUCGCUGCGGCCACGGUCGUCGCCGUCGGCGUUCUUGGGAUGGUCAUGUUUUGA